GUUCCGCCGAGGGAGGACAGCGGGGCCUGGCGCUGGCGCCGAGACGCCGCUUAGCGGCCGGCACUGGAGACGCUCGCUCCCGCCUGCCCCUCUCCUCCUGGCGGCGGCGGCGGAGUGAGGCUGACUAGGGGAAACCUGGGAGCCCCCUCUGCCCUCGCCGCGGCGGCAGCGGCCGAUCCCCGGCUCCGGCACGAGGAGCGGCCGCGAUGCGUUCGGCCUGAGGCUCUCCGGCCCGGCCCUCCUCGCCUCCCCUGACUUCCAAGGCGUCUCCUACGCCCCAGCGUCAUCCUGCAAGUCCCUCUGCCGGGAGGGAAGAUGGCUGCACGGAGCUGGCAGGACGAGCUGGCCCAGCAGGCCGAGGAGGGCUCGGCCCGGCUGCGGGAAAUGCUCUCGGCCGUCCUAGGCUUUCUGCGCACCGAGCUGGGCCUCGACCUGGGCCUGGAGCCGAAGCGGUACCCGGGCUGGGUGAUCCUGGUGGGCACGGGCGCGCUCGGGCUGCUGCUGCUCUUCCUGCUGGGCUACGGUUGGGCCGCAGCUUGCGCCGGCGCCCGCAAGAAACGGAGGAGCCCGCCCCGCAAGCGGGAGGAGGUGGCGGCCUCGCCAGCCUCGGCCCCUGACGACCUGGCCUUGCUGAAGAACCUCAAAGGCGAGGAGCAGAAGAAGAAGAACCGGAAGAAACUGCCCGAGAAGCCCAAACCAAAUGGACGGACUGUUGAAGUGGCUGAGGAUGAAGUUGUUCGAACUCCUCGAAGUGUAACAGCAAAACAGCCACCAGAGACAGACAAGAAAAAUGAGAAGUCAAAGAAAAAUAAGAAGAAAUCAAAGUCAGAUGCUAAAGCAGUGCAAAACAGUUCUCGCCAUGAUGGAAAGGAAGUUGAUGAAGGAGCCUGGGAAACUAAAAUUAGUCACAGAGAGAAACGACAGCAGCGUAAACGUGAUAAAGUGCUGACUGAUUCUGGUUCAUUGGAUUCAACUAUCCCUGGGAUAGAAAAUAUCAUCACAGUUCCCACCGAGCAACUUACAACUGCAUCAUUUCCUGUUGGUUCCAAGAAGAAUAAAGGUGAUUCUCAUCUAAAUGUUCAAGUUAGCAACUUUAAGUCUGGAAAAGGAGAUUCCACACUUCAGGUUUCUUCAGGAUUAAAUGAAAACCUCACUGUCAAUGGAGGAGGCUGGAAUGAAAAAUCUAUAAAACUCUCCUCACAGAUCAGUGCAGGUGAGGAGAAGUGGAAUUCUAUUUCACCUACUACUGCAGGCAAGAGGAAAACUGAGCCAUCUGCUUGGAGUCAGGACACUGGAGAUGUUAAUGCAAAUGGAAAAGACUGGGGAAGGAAUUGGAGUGACCGUUCAAUAUUUUCUGGCAUUGCUGCUUGGUCUAGUGUGGAUAGGGGAAUGAAUACCUCUGAACAGAAUUCUGCUUCUUUUGCAUCUCUCACACUUAACUCUGCUGUUUCUGGGUCUACAGCUGAGCCAGUUUCUCAGUCUACUACUUCUGAUUAUCAGUGGGAUGUUAGCCGUAAUCAACCCUAUAUCGAUGAUGAAUGGUCUGGGUUAAAUGGUCUGUCUUCUGCUGAUCCCAGCUCUGAUUGGAAUGCACCAGCAGAAGAAUGGGGGAACUGGGUAGAUGAAGAAAGAGCUUCACUUCUGAAGUCUCAAGAAUCAAUCCCUGAUGAUCAAAAGAUUUCAGAUGAUGAUAAAGAAAAGGGAGAGGGAGCUCUUCCAAGUGGAAAAUCUAAAAAGAAAAAAAAGAAAAAGAAGAAGCAAGGUGAAGAUAACUCUCAUGCACAGGACACAGAAGAAUUAGAAAAAGAAAUUAGAGAAGAGCUUCCAGUGAAUACCUCUAAAUCCCGUCCAAAACAGGAAAAGGUUUUUUCCUCGAAGACCGUAAGCACUAGUGAUCCAACUGAAGUACUCGUCAAAAAUAGUCAGAAUUAUUUAUUAUUUGAAGGAGUAACAAAGAAAGAGGGAAGGACAGAGAUUUUCCGUCCGCUGGUUCACUCCCCAGAUGACCCCAACAGCCCUGACUGGACCAGGGCGAAGACAGGAACCAGGAGCUUCUUCCGGGUCUUCCAUCCCAUCAAGACUCUUCCACCUGCUGUUUCUACCGAGCCAUCUGUUAGCUUAUCAAAAAAUGAUUCAGACAAGAGCUCUUCCCAAGUGCCACUGAUGCUAUCAGAGACAGAUAAAUCCAAGUCAAAUAUGAAGCAAAAUAGUGUGCCUCCUUCCCAGAUCAAGUCUGAAACUAACUGGGAAUCUCCCAAACAAAUAAAAAAGAAGAAAAAAGCCAGACGGGAAACGUGAAUGUUUUUUCUUUCCCUGUAUUGGACAUGUGUUUGCAAACACUGUCUUGAAGAUUAUGCUGUUUAUGCAAUAAUUUGUGGACAUGUACAGAAUUUUAUAUAAAUUUAAACCAAUUUUUAAAACAAAACUGUGAACACAACCACCGUAAAAAUGGAAUCAAAGAAAAGUUAAUUUAUGAAAUUAAGAGGUCAGCAGAAUAUUCUACAUACAGUGCUGGAAGACACUUGGGAAAGUCUUUUCAUUGAACGAGAAUGAUCUUAAUUAAGAAUCUUAUCCUGGUUUUACAACAGUGCCCUGUUUACAACAGAUUGUGCCCUAUCUCAUCUGCAGCUGAGGAGUAACGGAUUCUGAUUAGAGAAAGGAUUGCCUUCAAAUUAGCAGGCAACUCUUUGGAUCUUAUGCACGAACUUGCACCAUUUGAAUCUAUUUUAUGCUUAAAUCAAAGUGCUUUGAUCAAAUGCAUAAUCUGCCAUAUCUUUACAUAUUUGUUGGUAGCAAUUUGUAUUAAAAGAAUCACAAGUGCAAAUAAAAAGUCAUUUAUCAUUUAUUUAACUAAACUGUCAUGGUUUAGUUUACAAUUUUUAAAAUAUUCUUAAUUCAGACAUUGAAAAUGCAAUUGACACUUGUAUGGCUUAUGAAGUUAUUUUUGAUAGUCUUGCAUUACUUGAAUUGUUCAAAGUACAGUAUAUUUUAAAUUAAAGGUAAACUAUGUAUUUCUUUUAUAUACAUUUAAUUCAGACUCACAAAUAAUGCUCUUGUUUAUGAUUUGAAAACUUUCAGGCAAAAUCCAGCUCACAUUUUUCCUUUCCCUAGCAGUUACUUUCUUUCCAGCAUCAACUCUUAGUUGCUAGUAAUUUUUUGACUUUAAAAUUGAAAUCAUUCACACACUUUGAGUAUAUGAUGGAGAAUGAAAACUAGAGUCAGACAGCUUUAAUUGACAUUGUCAAGACCUCCAGUUAUCAGGAAUACAUUUUUUUACUGCCUUAACCUGUAGUACGUAGAAUAUGCAUCAAUUUCUUGAAGAGGAUUCGUGUUUUUAUAAGAAUUUUCGUGUAAUUAUUGCAAUUGUGGUCAAAUAAGGAACGUUUCCUGCUUGAAAUUGUAUUGAUUUAAAUGAUGUGUGAGAUGUUUCACCAUUUUCAGGCACUGUGUAAUUCUAUUGUAAUAAACUGGCAGGUAUCUUUGUAACUAUAAAUAGUGCAUGCUCAGCCAUGUACACUGUAAAUAGCCUUUACCAAAUGUGUUUGACAAGGACCAUAAUUAACAUCUCUUAGUGACUUGUGAUAAAGAAAAAAGCCAUGAUUUAUUUAAUGUGAUUGGCUUACUUGUUUUUAUGUGGCGCCAAGAAUGAACCUGUUUAACAGCUGUAACCAAUGGUACUGAUCUGUCCAUCCAGCUUUGUCUUUGAUUGUGGUUUUAUGAUAUUGCAUUGUCAGACCAGGAAAGCUAAAGAAACAGAAUGGUUUUAGUUUUGCUGAAGACUGGCCUUAUUAAUGGAGGCUUUCCUCACAAGGGUUAACUUUUAUCAGGUGUUAACAUCUGUUUCAGGAACAUGGCGGUAUGUUUACAUGUCGGAGGUUUUGUUUAAUUUUAUGGUAUUUCUAAAUCGAUUUGUUUAAAUAAAUUCAGCAAAUGGA